AUGGUUGAGAGCGAGCCUCUCAGGGAAACCGAGAAAAAAUUCGAAAUUACAGAGCAGGCAAACAAUAGUCGGAAGCUGCCCACAACACCCAUUCCACACAGUCUGUGGGAACUUAUCUCACCUGAUGAUGAUGAGAAUGUCCCAAAGCUGGAAGGACUGAAAAUCAAAGGCAGAAGAGUUGGGGUGCCGUCUUUGAUACGCUUGUCUUGUCCUAAUGUCUUUUCGGCCCCCCCACCCCCUGCCUUGGAUCUCGGCACUCUUCCUAGGUCAGCUCCUAUCCUUAACCCCAUUAGUAAUUGGGAGUCCAAACUUGUUGUCAACCUCUCUCCCGCCCCCAUUGAUCCUCUCGCUUUUAACUUCCUCAAGCGAGGUCUUAACUUUGCCUUGACUCCCCGCAACAUUCCGCACAUCAACUUCCUCAUCGAGAUCGAAAAUGCGGUGCGUACCCUUCCCCUUGAUAUUGCUGAAGAGGUUAGACAAGAUUGUGCUGUAGCGCUCCGUUUUGCUAAACCUCCUAAAUUCAACAUCCCUAAAGCUGAGCUAUUGGCCUUUAAUAAUCUAAUGCAUAAUAAUGACCUUAUCAUCUCAAGAGCUGACAAAGGUAAUGCCACGGUCAUUAUGAGCAAACCAGAUUACUUGGCCAAAAUGGAAAUCCUCCUCUUGGAUUCCAGUAGUUACAAAAUUUUGUCUCGUAACCUGUGCCCGAAGAUUUUGAAGGCAGUUAGAUCUGCUAUUUCCAACUCCUCAUUGGAUGAUUCUACCAAACUUCGUCUUCUUCCGUCUAAGGAAGUGACCCCUUGUAUAUAUGGGGUCCCAAAAAUUCACAAGGCCAACAUUCCUUUGAGACCCAUUGUCGAUACCAUUGGGUCUCCGACUUACAAGUUAGCCGCUUUUCUUGCCAAAUUAAUCUCUCCGCUUGUUGGUAACUCCAGCUCCUUCAUCAAAGAUUCCAACCAAUUUGUCCAGUUUAUCAAGGACACCAAGUUGGACCCUCAAGACACUCUUGUGAGCUUCGAUGUGGUGUCCCUCUUCACCAAGGUCCCUAUUCUAGACUCCAUAGAGAUUGUCAAGCUUAAGGUCAAUGAGGAAAUCGCCUCUUUGGUGGAACUUUGCUUAGGGUCAACCUUCUUCGCCUUCCAAGGCAUUAUUUAUGAACAGGUUGACGGAGUAGCCAUGGGCUCCCCUCUCUCGCCGGUCAUUGCCAACAUAUUCAUGGAACAUUUUGAAGAGGUGGCCUUACAUUCUUUCCCCCUCAAGCCAAAAUGGUGGAAACGAUAUAUGGAUGACACCAAUGUAUGUUGGCCCCACAGCUUGGACAUGUUAGAGGAAUUUCAUACUCACCUCAACAACAUUUCUCCGUCUAUUACCUUCACCAAAGAACUUGAAUCCAACAACCUUUUAUCUUUUCUCGAUGUCUUAAUCUGUAAAAAGCCUGAUGGAUCCCUUGGUCGUCAGGCAACAGAGUAUUCCAUGCCUUGCACUCCUCUAGCGGCAUCGCCUCCACACUAUACUCUGGCUUCCCAUCAAAACAAGGGAGCUCCUUAA